CACCAUUUGCUCAACAAUUUCCCUCUCCAUCUGAAUAUCUCUCUCUCUCACUCAUCUAUCUCUCUAGAAGAACACAAAAACACUUCAAAAAAUGGAACAAAAUCUACCAGUUUUAGCAAAGAAAGUAUGGAGCUUAGUUCGAGUCUAUUACUUCAUGCUACGUAAAGGCAUAUCCAAGAAGAAGUUACUGCUCGACCUCAACAGGAUGAUGAAGUGUGGUAAGAUCGCCGGAAAAGCCUUGCAUAAUCUCAUGUUCCACAACCACCACCAUCGCUGGCCGGCGCCUUUCACCGCCAACCGCCCUUCAAGUCACCUCUCCAGCCCUUCUCGUGCAUCUGAUGAAUACGAGUUCAGCUGCUGUAACAGCCCUUCUGUUAGUAACAAUGCAUUCUCUCUAUUUUCAUUCAACAAGAAACACCAUUCUAACAAUCACCAGGCGGAGGGUCUUGACAUGAUGGCUUUCAAUGCUGCGGUGCUUAAGGCCAUGGAGAUGAUUCACAGUGAGACGGCAUCGCCGGCUCUUCCAGGGUUUGGGAGGAGUCCGAUGGUUAGGCAACUUAGAAUAACCGACUCUCCCUUUCCUUUGAAUAGCGUGCAUGAGGACAACCAGGUUGAUGAGGCGGCGGAGCAGUUCAUAAGUAGGUUUUACAACGACCUACGGCGGCAAAACACCAAGGCGUCUUUUGGUUCAUCAUUUAAUUAAGAUGUAUAAAAUUUAUUUCGAUUGUUGUGUACAUUGAGACCUCAUGUUGUGUAUGCAAGUAUAUACAGUUGAUGCAAUAAAUCUUUAUAUAUAUGAAAUUAAUUAGAAUGUUCUUUUUGUAA